UGGCUAGAAACUACCACUACUCGCACCACCAAGACACACAAAAAGACAGUAAUUACUAGUACACCUGCUUCGCCUUUCCUCGAUCGAAUGGCUUCCCGUGGUGUUUCCCGUGUGAAAGCCGGAUACUGGUUUUGCGGGCCUAACUUUUUGAUCCGGCCGCCAACAGAUUUACCUAUCGAACUCUUCACACAUCUUUAUGCUGGCUUUGCCGAGGUCAACAGUGAUGGCUCGGUCACCAUUCCUAGCUCGUACUCGGACAGAUUCCAAGACUUCACUAGAACCGUUCGAGAACGUUCCAACCGUCGGGUGAAAACUCUUUUAUCCAUCGGUGGUGAAGGCUAUGACAUAUCUCCAGUGGCGAUGGAUCUAAAUAAACGUGCCAAAUUCAUACAGACCUCAAUAAGUGUAGCCAGGAGUUUCGGUUUCGAUGGCCUUGAUCUCUGCUCGCUAUACCCGACCCCGACCCCGACCCCGUCCCCCCAGAAUGUCUUGCCACAGCCAUGCCCCCCAAUCGGCCAAAUUAUUGUCUUGCCACAGUCAUGCCCCCAGAUCGGCCAAAUUAAUGUCUGCCCACAGCAAUACCCCCAGCCAUUGCAGUGCUCAUCCCUCGACAUAUUGCUUGGGGAAUGGAAUCAGGCAGUGAGGAACGAGGCCGAGGGUGAUCGGUUGCUGCUAACCGCGGCGGUGUUUCACCACCCGGUCAUUCCUGGUAAAGACGGCUGUAACAAUUUCUGGUAUCCUUGUAAGGCUAUUUCAGACAACUUGAACUGGAUCAACGUACUGGCCAUUAACUUCUAUACUCCCUCCAACUCACCCACUUUGACUGGACCGGUUCAUGCGUGGUCAAAUCAUACAGACAGAAACAGGUGCGGAAGAUCAGGCAUUGAGGAGUGGAUUAAGAACGGAGUUCCGGCCAAAAAAUUAGUCCUCGCCCUUCCGUUUUCUGGCUAUGAAUGGAAUCUAACGAACCAGAAUGAUGAAAAUGGAUUGUUUGCAGAGGCUUAUCCAGCACAUAAAGAUUACAAAAAUAUCCAUGCAUUUGUCAGUAAAAGGAAUACUGAAUAUACAACCAAUCACGUCGGCUCCUAUGUUGCUACCUACUCGCAAAACGAGAGGAGUUGGGUUGGUUAUGAUGAUGAAAGGUGCAUCACUAGAAAGGUUAGCGAGGCAAUUGGUGAGAAACAUAUAAAUUUGCGCGGUUGCUUUGCAUGGCAUGUGGGCGCCGACGACGAGACAUGGACUCUUUCCAAUGCAGCCUUUGGGAAAGAUGCAAACUGGCCAGCGGGUGAUCUGUGAUAUUAAUGGCCGCCAGUAUUGUGAAGAAUAAUGAUCAACAGCGCGCAUGGCUAGCAAUCAGAUAUGGUGUGUUUGCUAUAAAUAAGUAUGUGUGUGUGUUUGUGUGUGCUAGUAUUAUCAAUAUUAAGGCCAAUGAUAUCAGAUAUACAGAUGUUAUGUUACAAUUAUAUGUAACAUAUAUAGAAGCAGCCUGUAUCAUCAGCAAUAAGGCCAAUUCUGAGUUAAUUGUGUGUAAUAUUAUUAUAGAACCUAGCGUGUAUUAUCCCCAAUUAAUAAGGUCAUUCUUAUGGCCACCGAUUGUACAAUAAUUUAUAUUUGUUGUGUAUUAUAAAUGGAAGUACUUCCUUUUGCUUUA